GCAAGUGCAGUGCUGCGCUAAUAUUUGAACGAAAUUUCCCCCCGCUAUAACAAUUGUUAUCAAAAGACGGAAGAGUGCGAGCUUUGUCAACUUUUGUAAGAAUUUGCCAAUUAAUAUCAGAAUUCAUUUAUAGAUUUUAGUACAGCAAAGAUUUUAUUAGUACUUGACAGAUCUAGUUUAUAGAUCAAUAAUAACGUUAGGGGCCCCAAUCUUUACGAAGACUUACGAGUUAAAAAAGUUCGGACGACCAUUUAUUACAGUGCAAGAGAGUGCAAGACCACGACCAUAUUUCUAACCAAGUGAAAUAAUUUCAAAACUUACUUUCAGUAUUAACGAGUAUAUGUCCAUGAUAUGCUUUACAGUUAUUAACAAGUUUGGUGUUAUCUUGGCGCUGUCCUAUAUUCGAGAUUAAGCGAUAAGUUUUAUGUCAUGAAGAUCCAUUUCUUCAAGAGUCUUACACUCGUCGUGCUGUUGGUAAUCUUGCACCUCGUGUCAUCUGACAUCACUAAAAAUGAUGCGACAACCGCAAGAAAAGUGCUUCGGUCACAAUAUAACUUGAAGGAAAGGUUCAAGCGCAUUAUUAUGGCGCUUGACGGCAUGCAAGACGUUCACUCGCGGCAGAAGAGAUUAAUUCAUUUCACUUUCAGGUUCCCUGCUGGCACUGAAUUGGAGGUAAAAUGGGCGCUGGUUGUGCUGAUUCCUGUGGAAGAGCAGCUCGAAGAAACAAGAUAUGAAAUCGAACUUGCCUCGUACAUCGAACUGCCGGCAUAUCUGGCGGACGCUGACUAUCAGCCUCCCUUCAACACGCUUUUUGGCACUAAAAACCAACUCCCUGUAGAUGACGCAGCUGAAGCGAAAACCGAAACCAAAGCUCACGAACAUCGAGUCAAUUCAAAAGAUGUGACUAAAGGAAAUAGUUCUCAUCACACGAGCAAAACCAGGCAUGUAGCUUCUUCAGGAAUGAAUAAGAAGACCCUGACUAAAAAUCGUAAGAAUAAAAAGCAUCGGACUUCUAAUAUAAAAAAUAUCAAUGGAUUUUUCCUGAAAAAGAAUAAAACUCUUUUGCGUGGCGCAGAAAAAAGCGGAGUGGGGCCCGGAACAGAUGAAAUUAAACGAAAUCGUAAAGAGCGAAACGUUGAAUCCUCGAAUUUGGAAUAUGCUGAAGAUGAGGAUGAUGAUUUUCGUCAUAAGAAACUAAACAAAGAAAAUGAACGCACUAAGUACCGAGAAGAUAACCUGAGUCACCUCCACUUAUCACAAAGAAGGGACACUUACGAAGCUAUUGGCAAGAUCCUAACAAGUCACGGGCUGGCAGGGCGACAGUGUGUGCUGCGGACGGUGUGUGAGGUGGCCGAGGCUCCGCUGCACUUUGGCUUCAUUGGUGAUAUCCUUAAUAUUUUGUUCACGCCCUCCGUAGCUACAGUGGCAGCGUCCAGAGCUGCAGACAUAGAAAGCAUACGCGAGUAUCUGGAGGCUGAAGAACUCGGUCGCACGCUGGGUGGCUGUGAUAAGAACUUCGGCGCCUGUCCCUCCUCUAUCUUCCAGAUGCUACCCGUCAUCAGGCAGCAAGUUCUCAAUUUCGGCAUUUUUGAAAA